AUGGGUGACCGAAAGAAAAUCUACUAUACCUUCAAGGGCGUCGAGGAGUGGGAGCAGAAUAACAAAAAAGUGGACGAGAUUGUGAAAGCGGACACCGAUGCCGAACACUGGGCUUGCAACAAAGCACUUCCUCCCACUUGUUAUCCCCCGGCCAUGAGCAUCGAGGCCAUCGACAAGCUGAAGCAGCUCGACGGCGUCGUGGUGGGUGAGAUUGACGAAUGA